AUGGAGCGCGCGCGGGCGUCGAGCGAUGCGGAGGACGGUGGGACGACGACGACGACGACGACGACGACGACGACGAGCGACGCGCGCGCGGCGACGACGACUCGGGCGCCCACGGGGGCGUUCUUCGAAAGCCGCGCGUGGACCACGCCCGCGGUCGCGGCGGAGACGAACGGUGGGGGGGGCGUCGUGGACGCGCGCGCGCUCGAGGACGUGGACCGCGCGCGGGCGCCGGUGGAUUUUAGGUUUUUAGAGGCGCGGACGCGGGACGCGGGCGAGACGCGGGACGCGCGGGCGGACGCGCGGGAACGAGCGCUCAUGAAGGGUCGGGGAGCGCUCGAAUGCGCGCGGAGCGACCGCAGUGCGUGCGCGCGGUGCGGAGAGACGUCGACGUCGCAGUGGCGGGUGAUGUCGGCGAGGUACGCGAGCGCGUGGUGCGCGGCGGGCGAUUUGCUGUGUAACAAGUGCUACGCCAAGGCGCGGCGGUUCGCCCGGGCGGAGGAGGGCGCGGCGCGAGAGACGCGGUGA